UCUUCCAUUAUUGUCAUUCAUCGGAGGAAGUGGGCGGCGAGGGGCGGCGCGGGUGCCGCCGGCGCCCCCCGCGCGACUCUCAGUCGCUCGCCGACACUCUCGCCGCUAACACGCGAGAGACGCGAUGCACGUCGCCUACGCUUGACUCAUUCAGUCGUUCGCGUUCCGUGUGUGAGUGCCCUCCGUGAUCCGAAGCCGGAGCUUCCUAGCCGCGUGUGCAGCUGUCCAGUGCUUGCGGUAGGGCCGAGUGCCCGCCAGGAGCCAGCGAUUGUGGUGCCAGUGUCUCGCGCGCCGGAGCCGACGGCUCAGCUGACCGCCGCGGUACAUCGCGAGCGCACGAGCACCGGCGGUUGUCGUUCAGCUCACGGCGCAGGCGGCGCGGUGACGGUCGCGAGCGCAGGCGCGGCGGGCUCGUGCGCGGCGCGCAUGGCGAGCGCGGGCGCGCAGUACCGCGGGGCGCAGCAGUGGGCCGCCGCGUACCCGCAGCCCUGCCGGUACCCGCCGCCGCAGCCGCAGCCCUACGCACAGCAGCAGCCUUAUACGCCGCACCAGUACACGGGUGCGUCGAUAGGCGGCGGCUGCGCGACGGGCACGCGGGUGCCGACGGCGGCGUCGCCGGCCAACACGGCGUCCUCGUCCUCCUCCAACACGGGCUCGGCGGGCGGCACGCGCUCCACCAGCCUGAGCACGGCGCCGCCGCCGCCGGCCUCGUCGGCCUCCACCACCGGCGCCGCCGGCGAGCAGCUCAGCCGCACCAACCUGUAUAUACGCGGCCUCAGCCAGAACACCACCGAUAAGGACCUAGUCCAAAUGUGCCAGAUGUAUGGUAACAUAAUCUCGACUAAAGCAAUAUUGGAUAAAAAUACGAAUAAAUGUAAAGGUUACGGUUUUGUAGAUUUUGAGACAAUCGCGUCAGCGGAGGCAGCUGUAAAAGGAUUACAAGCCAAAGGUGUUCAGGCCCAGAUGGCUAAAGUGGGUAUCUGGUUCCUGCGUAGACUGAACCGUCAACAAGAGCAGGACCCCACGAACCUGUACAUGGCGAACCUGCCGCCGCACUUCAAAGAGAACGACGUGGAUCAACUGCUGGCCAAGUUCGGACAGGUGGUGUCCACGAGGAUCCUGCGCGACACGCAUGGACACAGCAAAGGUGUCGGCUUCGCGCGCAUGGAGUCUAGAGAGAAGUGCGAGCAGAUCAUACAGAUGUUCAACGGCAACCCGAUCCCUGGAGCCAAGGAACCGCUCCUGGUGAAGUUCGCAGACGGCGGCAACAAGAAGAAGGCGCUCUACAACAAGCAAGACGGCAACAACGGCCGCGCGUGGCGGGACAACAACGACUCCCUCACUCAGUACUUACAGGCGAUGGGGGUCGGCGGCGUGUACGCGGGCAACGUGAGCGCGGGCGCGGGCGGGGAGUGCGGGGUGUACCGCGGCGGCAGCGUGUACGGGGUGGCGGCGUUCCACCCCCACCAGCUGCACCACCACCACCACGCCACGCCCGCCACCUGGCUGGCGCCCUACGCCGCGCUGCUGCCGCCCGCGCACCCGCCGCACCACGCCGCGCACCCCGCGCAUCCCACGCACAUACCCAUCGACUCUGUGCCUAGCCAAUACGUAAACUGGGACAGCUUAAGGCCGGAUAAUGAAUUAUACUACUUCGCGUCGCACCCGUACCAGUACUUCGCGGGCCCGACGCCGCCCAUCAUCCAGAUGCCGAUGGAGAGCGAGCACGCGUCGACGGCGGCGUCCCCGGACGAGGCCUACCAGCCGUACCCGCCCAAGUAGACCCGACAUGCUGACAAUCCGUGCUGUACACGAGCCAAAAAUCAAAGCAACUGUGACUUUUUACAAUGUUAAUUUGUUUUAGUUAUAAUUUGCGGCCGUUAUAGACUUCAUCGAAAGCUCCGCUCGCGCGACUCCCGUCGCCGGCGCUUUUUCUAGUUGUUAAGCCUGACUUGUACUUGGGAGUUGUCUCUGGUAUUUAUUUGGUGGCGGCGCCCGGCCCGGCAUCCUCUCGGCUUAGUGCUAUCGUUCGAUUCGCUGUGAUGUUUUGAUGAGGUCUUUUGACGGCUCGACGAGAGGAUUUGAUGUAUAGAUAUAGCUGCAAUUUUUAAAUGUGUUUUUACAUUAUAAUUUUAUUAUUGUUUUAUGAAAUUUCAAAUUUAAGAUUUUAGGCGGAGGUUUUGAACAUGUUGACAAGAUUAUUUAAGAUAGUUAGGUAUUUAUUUUAGCAUAGUAUAAUUUCAUGAUGAACUUUUAAAUUUAGACAUGUCCUCUGGGCGGGCAUUAUUCACAAUCCUAAUUUUUAACGCAGUGUCAUAUUUGAAUUUGUAAGAUAGCCGGACUGUUUGUAAAUCGGAUGUAAAUCAGAAUCACAAGAAACCGUGCAAUCCGUAUACUAGUAUGACAAGUCUCGUGACUGCGAGGAGGUAGGUAUUAUUUGUUUGCGGAUAGUUUAUGUAACCGUUAACAUCGGAGCAAUAUCUGCGAGAGGUUGGAUAGGAGUAUGAAAAGGUCAUAUCAUGUGGAAUCAAAAGUGUUAGAUACGUCUACGGACGAUGUAUUGUAAAGAGUACCAUUGUUAAAGAAAGUUAUGUGUGUAUUGGCUAAGAAGGGUGGAAACACCGAAUAGGUUUUGUACGAUAAUAAUGCCGAAGAUUUAGAAUCUUCCAAGCUAAGUAUUUUUAAAAUACAGUUGAAAAAAGAAACGUUUAUGAUGUCAAGUCGUAGUUGGACAGCGGAACGGUGGAUAGAGAUGAAAUUGUGAUAGAGCAAACACUUGCGGGGGCUCUUAGUCUCUGCUAGUUUUAUUUCAUUCUUUCAAAGAUUCUUUAUACAGUUCCAUGAAUAUUAUUUAUCACUUUGUAGGAUUUGCUCUAUCAAAAUUUUCGACAGUUAUUAAUGUGUUUGGCAUGGUGCUUUAAUAUUUUAUUUUAAAAGUGGCACUAUUCCUGCCUAUUAUACAGUAUUAUGUACCUUAAAACAUUCAUAUACCGGUGCAGUCUUCCAAGGAUCGCAAUACUUACCUAACUUUAAAGAUUAAUGUUUGUGUUAUACGAGAAUGUAAUAAGUAGACGCUAAUGAAACUAUGUGCCUCUCGAUCUCGGCAAACCCUCGACAAGGAUGGCACGACGACCAUCCCACUCUUACCUACCCGGUUCUAAUUCAUCACAACGUUCACUACGCCACAACUAGGUGUGUACUUUUCGCCUUUUAUCAUAAUUCAUAAGCAAUUUAAGAAGGUAUGCUUAGUUUUUCAUUCUUAAUUUCUCGCCGUAGACAAUAGUAAGUAUAAAAGAUAACUAUAUUAAUUCAAAAUACGUACUUUUCAAAUACGACGUCGUUGCCAAACCCAGAACAGACUGAAUUAAUUUAUAUGUACUGUACUCGCGCGUACUGAUGCGCUGGCCGGCGCGGCGGAGCCGUGAGCUCGCUUGCCCUUGCUGCGAACUAGCAAUAAGCAGUUGUAUGUAGUCUAUAUAUACAUUUUACGCGUCUAUACACAUUUUUGUACGUCGUCGGAAACUCAUGUUCGAAUACGUGAUAGAGUGAUCCUUUUUUGAGAAUCAUGUACUAAGUCAACUGGUAGUUGUUAUUUUGUAGGCGGUCGGCACAUUCCAGUAGAGAACUCCAAGCUAAAUUCCACGAUUGAUUUCCACAUUAUAAAAUGUAUCGGAUUUGAAAUCCAAAGUAUAAACAUCGUUUUGGUGUAAACGAACACUUUUUGUACCAUCACGUAGGUUUUGGGUACACUUUAUGACUUUAUAUGAAAUUUGAUAUUUUUAUAUUGAAUAUAUAUAAAUUAUACAUGGAUAUGUAUAUACAUUGUUGAUGGGUACGAGUAAAAGCCUACUAUAUCGCAACUGUUUAAUUCUAUUUUGGCACGUCAAGAGUUUCAUCAGAACCAACGUAUACAAAUCAUUAAAGUCGAGUAAGAAGUAGGAAAAUAUUUAUACAACUCAGGGACUGAAGACUAGUUAAAUGUUUGAUAUAUUAACUGUAUUUUAACAGACGAUUAAGCGUGACCUCUUUAUUCAAAACCUGUCAAUCUCCGACUUUUGAUAAACAAUACAGGAACAGAGAGACUAGCUGGCAGCAGGUUUUGAAUGAAUUACGUAGAUUUUGAAGCUGAAUAAGUAGAUCUGUAUCUGUUUAGUUUCCUGGUUUCGUGUAAUCGGCUGAACUUAUAAUGUUCCGCGAAGCGACGGUCGGAGCGCGCUGCGCUGCCGCCGUCGCAGCUGACUGCCUCACUCACUACUACCCUCAUAUCGGUUCGUACAACUCAACUCACAUCACAAAGGCUAACGGAAAGUGAGAUUUUUAUUAGUGUUACAUUCAAACCAUAAUACUCCGUAGAUCAGUGUUAUGUGCGUAUAAUUUCUGAUCGAGCCAAAUCAAUGGAACUGAUUAUGAAACCGCCUUUACUUCUUGUGAAAUUUGAAUAACCAUGAAGUGCAAUGUAGUACCGUGCGAGUCGUGGUACUUAGUUAAGUAGAUGUUGCGUGUAUUGGGUUGUUUAGUGUUGACGUACACUGUGGCUUCCUGUAAUUGCAGUCUUCCGAUAGGUAUUUCCGCUAAACUUUGCAUUUAAAAUUGAUGUCAACGUAUAUUAUAACCCGACUCGAUUCGCCUCAUUUUGUUAUCAUUUUCGUGCACCGUGAUUGUUUCGAAGUAAGUGUGUAAUGUGCGUAAGGUUGUUUACCUGUGCUAGAUAUAGGGUUUACUUUCAUUCCACGAUGUCUCCCCGAUGGUAAAGUAUAAACUAUUAGAAUAGAUCCACUCCCUUUACUUUUAUAUGACAUAGCGGCAAGAACCUUUGUGAACUACCCGUCGUCGAUAUAUAGAAUAUUUUAGCAUGAAAUUAUUUUUCUAAUGCUUUCCUUCCAUUGAAGCAAUAACUUAAUUUGAUGGUAGUGCCUUCAGCUUCCUUUAAAGUAAUGAUGUUCAGAGACAUACUGCAGUGGCGUCACUGUGCUUUACACAAUAUUUUUACAGGUAAUAGAGAACUUACCGUAAUCAUAAACGUAGACUUAAUGUAAAGAAGACGUUUAAAAGUUUUGUAUUAAAGGCUAAUAGAAGAUAAUGUGGCUGUCUAACCGUUGCAUUUCCACACGUGGAGUAAAAUCGAACUCGAGGAUGAAAUCGUAGAUGUUCCUAGUUAACUCACUUCAACAUUCUGACAUGUGUGAUAUGAUAAGUACUUUACUUAAGGUGUAUUGCAGAUUGCGGAUCAUUUGUUAUGUAUAGGCAGAGGAACUAUCAGAACAAUGAGCACAAACGAUGUUAGGUAUUGGGGAACCAAUUAAUAAAACCAAAACUUGAAGAAAUACCAUGUCGGUGAAUAGAUCGAACUCUUAGCUCGUGUAAGUAAAUGUUCUUAAACGUAAGUGUUAAUGUAAGAGAGCGCGACUAGUGGGGGGUAGAGGGGGCGACAGAGGGCUAGAUGUAGGUCUAGGCUUAACUAUAGAUAGAUAGAAUAGCAAAAAAUGUUUCGACGCUAAGAUAGAUAGAAUAGAGCCCUAGCUUAAUAUAUGUUCGGGCGUGCGCGGCGCGACGCCCCUCUAGGGUAGUUUCCUUUGUUAGUUUAUUAAAUAAUUUAAUUUGAAUGGACUGAAGCGGCGCCCGCCGCGCGCGCCGUAGCGUAAGUCUCGGAGAAUUAGCGAACACGUCGAAUAAGUUUCCGUUCAACAACGUUUGCUUUCACCUCUUUUGUUAUGUAGUUGACUAAGUGUAAAGAAAGAAAAGUUAAUCAAAAAAAUCUGUCUGAAGUGUCGAUACGAUUGUAUUUGUCCAAUGUGUAUUAUUAUAGUGUGGUGUUCUACCCGGCAGACUAGUCUAGACAGUAGCAUAGUUUAGUUAAAAAUUUAGUUAGGUAGUCUAGAAAUACGAAAAGCGAAAAUAAAACUUCAUAAAAUGUAAAAAAAAAGAAAUGAAAUUGUUGGUAAGAAAGAAUAUUUUUAAGGAACAUGUUGCUUCGUUGUGUUAUGACGUGAGGUUUGGCAUAACUAUGAUAAUAGUAAGCAUUUCUCUCAGAGAAAAGACAGAGGAAAGUUAUGUAUCUAUUUUGUUACAAAGUGUUUGCAAGUUUCUAUAUUGUGCUAUGAGCAUUUUAUGUGACCCGCAUUAUUUAUAGUUAUGCUGAAUGGAAACUAAAAUAAUAUAUAAAUAAAACAAAAUGGUACUAAGAAGCAUGUUUUAUUGUGACGAGUCAUGUUCCUUUGCAUUGAACAUAUUUUGUAAGAGCAAGUGAUUGAAUAAAACAAGCGAAACCAAAUUUA